AUGCCUGCUGUUCAGAGGUUGUAUAAUUGUGGUGUCUCAGAUGAAGGCUGUGCUGCUCUGACUUCAGCUCUGAGAUCAAACCCCUCACACCUGAGAGAACUGAAUCUGUCUGAUGAUAAUGUAGGAGACUCAGGAGUGAAGAGUCUCCCUGCUGUACUAGAGAAUCCUCUCUGUAAACUGGAGAUACUGGGAUUGAGUGAUUGUGGUGUAUCAGAUGAAGGCUGUGCUGCUCUGACUUCAGCUCUGAGAUCAAACCCCUCACACCUGAGAGACCUGGAUUUGUCCUGUAAUAAUGUAGGAGACUCAGGAGUGAAGUGUCUCUCUGCUCUUAAAGAUGAUGAACAUUACAAACUACAGACACUGUGGGUGUGAUGAACAUCUGUGUGUGUGAUGAAGACUCUGGUGUUCCUGCAUUUCACUGUUGGGGAAUAGAGAACACAUUUAUAAACACAUCACUCAUUUAAUUAUAACACAUUAAACAGACUCAGAGAUGUGAGAAGUGUGUGUUCAUCAUGCACAGUGAAUCAGCCUGCACACGAUUCUACACUGAGUGUAUAACCUCUGAACCCUGGAUAAAAUUCCCUGAACCUCCUUCUCAUUAAAAAAAUAAAUAAAUAAAUAAAAAAUAAAAAAUUAAUAAUAAAAAAAAAAAAACACCUGCGGGAUUAUUAGGAACAGCAGGUGAAAAAGCACAUGACCUCGAGUUGAACCCAGCCAGUGGAAGAGAGAGCUAAAAUGGACAGGAACAGUUUCAAGACAUUGGUGGAAUUCUCACCUGACAGGAUUGGCAUCUGAGGAGUUUAUCUGAGGAGUUUAUCUGAGGAAGCCUCAAGGAGACUCACUAUAAUCACAUUUAUCACUUUGUCCUUUGGUUAAUUAAUGUAGCAGUGUUGUUGUACUAAAUAUAAAUACUCUUGGAAAGAUGCUUGUACAAUAUAAUUAAUGGACCUAACUAAGAACUAACUGUUGCAUUAUAUAGUUUUAAUAGUUUGUGAUUCUUCUGUGUUUGUGAUAAAUAUUUGUUUAAUAUUGUAAUAUGUUUUACUAUCUUUACACAUUCAUAGUAAAGAUGGAUACAUAAUUAAAAUUAUAUUGUAUUUAAGCACUUAAAAUGUAUUGCC